UUCCCAGGCCCACUGGGCCCACUUGCCCGCCGUAAACUAGUCACAAAAAUUUACCGAGGGAUAUCCGUCUUUAUAUUCUUCAGUCAACGGUAGUUAUCAAUCCUUUCGAAAUAAUAAGGAGAAAAAUAAUCAGCAAACAGCAACAGUGAGUUUUAAAUAAUGGAUGAGGUUUACGGAUUCUACAACAAGACCAGUUCUGAGACGCUGGACUUGGCAAAAUACUUCAAAGAAUACAACGAUCUAACUAAUCUCAAAAGUUUGGCAGAACUAAGGUCAAACAGAAAUGAAAAAGCUGGGAUUCUCGAAAUAAUGCAGAUGGAUGUAAACGAUGAAGACUUCGCAGUUUUAUCCGAAUAUUGCAGCAUUGAAAAUUUGACAAUACCUGGUGAAAGUUUUGAGAAAUACGAUGACACAAGGUUGGGCAAUCGCAAAGGGACGUAUGAAGUGAAAGAGAUACCGAAAGAUGUUAAUCUCGAAACACUGACGAAACUCAAAGAGAGAAUAGGAUUGCCUCAGCGACCAUUUGUCCACAAUUUAAAAUAUAGAAGCGAGAUAUGCAUAGAACCAGAAAAGGUCGAGACAUUCAAAUGCAACUCUUUAAUGGAGCCGGGAAACGAGAUGCUUGUCUUUGUGCGAAUUUAUGCACCUUUCGUGCAUCAGCAUCGACUGAGCAGUGUCUAUGUGUCCAAAAUAUUCACCACUCACAUUGUAGCUAUCCUUGGAUCGCAAACGUUGGCUGAACUCAGGGACAUCAUAUCGUGCACAUCGGAUUUAUCCAUAGCUAAAGAAGUUAGUGCUAACCCAGAUGCUGGAGCAAGACAGCCACAGGCUAAAGAAGUUUAUAAAUCCGGAUUUUUCUACAUCGAAAGCACAUUUUACAACGAUUUUCGUGACCCAAGUAACAUGGACAACAGCGAAGUGAUCAGAGAAUGGGCGAAGAAACGGAAUUUGGGACCGUUCAAAACUGCAUCAAUGGAAAGCGUCACCAUCAAUUCACUCUCUGUGAAAUUUGGCUACCCUUGGGUCUACCAGCAUCAAGGAACCUGUGAGCAUUUGCUUGUGUUUUCUGACGCCAGGCUGAUCGGCCCAUCGGACAAUUUGACCAUAUCCAGCUACCCAAGGAUCCACAGAAUGCGAGCGAGUUCGACGAAGUAUUGCAUGGUCUGCGGAGUGUUCGCAGCAUCCUGGAUAACGACGCACAACGACAGGCUGCCGCACGAUCCUUGUUACUUUUGCACAACUUGUUUUCACUCCUUCAAUUACAUCGACGGUAAAAAGAUUGAAAAUUUCUUGGCUUAUCCUGUGCCUUUCGGCGAGGUUGCUCAGGACUGAAGAGAAAUCCAGCUACCAUGUUCUCGAAGUAUAUAACUAUUUGGCAUGAGCCGAAUCGCCCUUGUCCGCGGCAUUCUUGGCGACAUUGUAGUGAACCUUUGCAUUUAACGGACAGACGUUCAGAGCUGAUCGGAAUAACGUUUUUUCAGUUUUCCACUCGGCGCUUCUGAUCCAGGAACGUGCAAAGAAGACUGCCAGCAGAACGAAAUACAGCGACAAAAGUGUUCUGCUACAGCCAUUGCAUUGCUCUAUCAGACGCUGAAAACCGAUCGCAAAUAGCAGGCAGAAACCUGCCGAAGGUAUGUACAGCGUCCUUUCCGCAAGAACGAAACCCACCUUGAAAAACAAGUUUGUCGCUGGGAGGAACGGGAUCAUCAGUAAAGCUAGUCCCAUUAUAGUGGGGCUGAAAAACAAGAAGAGGAUUGAUCCUGUGAACUCUGACGUUGGGAGAUAAAUUUGUUUGUAAUUGUUUACGCAUUGCGAAGGAUAGAUUAUUAAAAAUCAGUGUUAAUUAGUUUUUGGAGACAAAUUUGCAAUCAGUUCCUUUGUCAUUCGCAGGUUAUUUUGUCCUGAAAACGAAUGAACCUUCAUAAUUGAGAUGUGACAAAUUGUUUUUAAGAUAUUUUAAACUAUAUUAGAAAGUCAACGUCUUUGAAUCGGAUAUUCCGUAAUUGUAAUAUGAUGGUUUGAUUCUGAAAGUCAAUUUGAUUUUGACUGUGUUGUUGAAUUACAUUGUAUAUUGUUUUUAAAAAUGGCAUUUUUUCGUGUCAAAAAUAGAGUCUAAGCCUGCGUGAUUAUUCAACUAAUCACCAAACGAACUGGUUUAAAAAUACAAUAAAUCGGUUUAUCGGAGAAUUUAAUUAACCGCAAGGUCGAUUAUCCAAUCAAAUGAAAAAACUCAAUUAAAAGAGUCGAUUAAUUGAAAAGACCAAUUAAACGAUUAAUCGAAUGCACGAGUAUUUGAAACGAUCAAUUAAUUGAAAGAACGAUCAAUCGAAAAGGCUGAUUAAUCAAUUACUUGAAAAAGAGUAUCUUCCCAACUUUGCGAGUUGAGAAGGGAGAAAAAAUUGUAUCUGGCAAAAAUUGUUAUUCAAUAAAGUCGUGAAUACAUUGA